AUGGCAUCUUGCAUAUAUGCGAACAAGUUUACACGGCUGAUGAAGCCGGAGCAGUUCCGACAUGUGCAGAAAUCAGCCAUCACAUCUAUGGCGCACAAGAUUAGGGACCAGUGGGUGGUCAACAUUCAGAAAAUCAUUCUCAAGAACUUCCGUGAUGUGGGGAAAGGUUGGUUCUCUAUCCACGAGACAAACCAAGACACAUACCGACAGGGCAAGCUCAAGAAGCUCUUGGCCGUCGUCAAGAACAUGAUGCAGGAUUCCUUGGAGUUCUUCACCUUGGACUCCGUGGAUGACUACUGCCAUGGCUUGGAGGAGCUGUGCCCUGCAAAAGUGAUAGUGAGCGACCUGAUGAAGGUGGAGUGCGAGUUUGUCGAACGUCCUCGACCACUUCCUGCGAAGCGUGGUGGAAGUCGACAAUUGAUUCCUCCAGGUCGUCCGGGUAUGGCUUUCUACGGAGCAGAUCACGACGAAGAGAGUGCCGAUCUGAAGCCCGGCUCUGCACUCUUCCUCCUGGAGAUCAAGGUCACCGAGGACAAAGCUUUCGCCUACUCCACAAGCAGCGAGGCUGCGGUGGAUGUCUGCGGCGAGGUACUGGAUCUUGGAGUGAUGUCUCUGGGGGACAUUCCGCAGGUAGAGCCCCAGAUUGUUCCGCAGCUCUUCAAGACGGUGGUCGUGAAGCAAGUCCUCAACACUGUGGACGUGCACACUCCACGAAGCGAUGACAAGAAGGCUGACACCCCCUUCGUGAAGGCAAGGAGAACCACCAUGAUGGAGAACCUGCGCCAGGCAUUGAGCUACGGCACAAUGAUCAGAUCGUCAGCCACAUUCAGCCUAGCAGCCCUUGGCGCCAAGGGUGCCAACUUCCAAUUGCGAAGCGCAGCGACGUGUAGCGGUAGCGGUAGCGGUUGUGGGAUGUUCGGUGUCUAUGCCGUGCUGCUUUUCGCAGAGAGUUGGCGCCGCCUCGUGGCCGAUUUGAGCCUGCGCCCAGAGUCUCGAGCUGAGUUUCUUCGAACGACGCUGCGCUGCCCGUCGUCCUGGGUCCUCAGCCUGUCCGUGACCCAUGUGCUCGGAGAGAACGCCGAUGCCUACGGCGCAGCGGUCGCUGUCCAGCGUGCGCUGGAAGACUGCGCCGUGGGGAUGGGGGCCGCCUUUCGUCUUCUCGCGAUGUCGCACUACGGCGACCCAGUCGUGCGAGAUGCAGAGACGGAAGUGCAGGUCGCGGCCCUGGAAGUAGCGCUGCGAAUGCAACAUCUGGCAUCUGGAUGGCUCAUCUAUGCAUACAAUGUAGCCGCUCUCCAUCACGAUUCCUUCAUCGAUGAUUCUGCAUGGCCCAUCACCUCCCACGAAUUCGGGGACGAGCAUCGAUCGGUUGCCAACUUGCUGGGCAACCUGCGCGCCCAACUGCCUAACAACCGAAUAGAUGCGGAUCCUGGCACUCGCGUUCACGGAUUGACAGUUUGCCUCGUAACAAUUUGCGAUUAUCCAAGUGGUGCCCGGCUACCGCGGUUGGCAGCAUCAGUCCAUGGGAUGUAUGCCCAUCGGCACGGACGCCCUGCAGCCUGGGGCAAAGUAGAUGCGCUGCGUGAGGCGAUGGAAGACGAUCGCUGGGAUUGGGUCGCCUGGAUUGACUGCGACCUGUACUUCAUGGACAUGAACCGGACACUGGAUUCACUCCUUCUGACACAUGCGAGGGCUGCUGGCGAAGCAGCGUCGAUCGACGAGUCAGUGCACAUGUUGGUCACCGAGGACGCGCAGUCUCUCAACACUGCCAUUCUCUUGAUGCGACGGUCGGCUUGGAGCCGCAGGUUGCUUGCACGAGUAUGGGGCGAUGAUGCUGGCUUCUCGCCUUUUGAGAAUCACACCUGGUGGGAGCAGCAAGCCUUUGCGCAAGAGCUGUUCGGUGUCAAUCAUCGUCGCUUCGCACAGAUGCGCUACGAAGCCAGCAUGCUGGCACGUGCGACCUUCCGUCUCCAUAUCCACAAGAGGAACUCGUAUCAUCCGAUUUCUUCUCGGCUGGUUGAUGAAACCUGGGCCCCAGGCGGGUCGGAUGAGUAUCAGCCGGAGUGUGUCAUGGGCCGCUUGCGAGGCAAGUUCGUCCUUUCCUUCAACGGAGUGAAGUCUUUGUCCGGCCCCAACGUCGCAGAGGCCAACUACUACGAGGUGUUUUGCCAGUGGAACUCUGUGGAAGAUCUCUGCAAAGACCAGGAUGUGCUGGAUGCUGGUGCGGCCACCGCUGCCAUGGCUCCCUGGCUCAGCCAAGCGGAAACCGCGCUCCCCGCUCUUCAGGACUACCUGGCAUUGUUUGCCCCGUACGAAGACCUGCUGCAGCUGGAGCCAGCAGACUUUGUUCAAGCCAAGGCGGACGCAGACAUUACAACAGCAGAAGCGAAGAACUGCAUCUUGGAGCAAGUGCAGAAGGAGCACGAGAUUCUGGAGUCUAUCCCCGAGUCCAUCGUGGUCGGUCUCUUCGAGGUGUCCUGCCAAGAGAUACGGAAGACCUUGGCCGGAAAGCAUAGGAAGAUUCAAGAGCUCCUCCUCGACAUGAUGAUGACGAAGUUCCGGGAUGGCACCCAGGAAAUCACUGAUGCUUAUGCCGGGGUCUUCUCACAGCUACGCAAGUCGCCGAAGGACAUCGAAGAAGUCACUGCAAUGCGGGAGUAUAUCGCAACCAUCCCUGCCGAAAUCCUGAAGAUGGCGCCCGACACAAAGAGGUGCCUGGAUACAUACAGCGUUCUGGAAGAGUUUGGUGUGCAGCUGACCGCUGACGACUUCUACCAACGUUGGCGAGUCUUUGGCUGUCCGAAAUCCACCUACGACCUCGUGGCGAAAGUCGAGGAUGACAUCAAAGAGUUAGAGGCGUCCUUUGCAGCAGCCCAGCAGCAAGAGCAGUCCGACUUUGAUGACAUGAUUGUGGACAUGGCCAACACCAUCGAAAACUUUGCGCAGUACAAUGAUUUCGAAAAGCUGGACGAGAUCUACGAGAAUGUCGAGAGCGUGAACGAGCGAUUGAAGUCUGCCGCGACCCAAGCCAAGCUUUUCAACUCUCGGGAGCUGCUCUUUGGCAAGGAG